AUGACAGACAACGAAGCAACUCGCUCGGCUAAUGACUGCUACAAAGGUCGUGCAGCUGUUCUCAAAGACUCCUAUAGCGAGCCUUAUUUGAUUAAUAGCAGAAUCGCUGCAGAGGAUGUAGGCCCCCUCGAUGUACUGGUCCACAUCCACUACAGCGGAGUCUGUUACGGAGAUCUGCAUUCCCGCGACGGCGGACCCUAUGCGCCUUCACAGCCACUUCGGCCGCUUAUAGGAGGUCGUAAAGGAGUUGGUGUAUUUAUCGAACUAGGAAUUGCAGCAGGAGAAGUUAGCAACAUCAAAGUCGGGGAUGGUAAUGAGAACUCUUGCGCAGAUCAGGUCGUUAAUGGAUUACUAACUGAUGGGACAUUCAGAGAAUACCUUGUUGCGCCAGCACGGCACGUCCUUCGCAUUGCUGACGGCUUCGACCCUGCAUCAGCUACACCCAUACUAUGCGGCGGGGGAGCCACUGUAGCUACCCGUCGCAGAGGAGAAGUUUCCGUAGGCAAAUGGGUCGCUAUUAGUAGUGCCGCUGGCAGCCUAGGUCAUCUCGCCACCCAGUAUGCAAAAGCCAUGGGUGCUAACGUGGUCGCUAUGGACGGCCCUGAGCCUGAGAAAAGGGAGUCUUGUCUCAACCUCGGCACAGACAGAUACUUCGAUUUCGCCAACGGCAAUAUUUGCUCAGAGGUUUUGAAAGUCUCCAGAAGAUGA